AUGGCGACGCCGCAGUUCGACCGCGAGCUGCACGCGCGCUACUUCCUCAAGAACCUGCGGUCGCUGCCGGCGCCGUACGCGUCGCAGGACUCGCAGCGCGUGGUGCUGGCCUUCUUCUGCGUGCACGGGCUGGCGCUGCUGGGGGAGCUGGAGCGCCUGGACAAGCGCCAGAUCGUGGACUGGGUGCUCAGUCUGCAGGUGCCGCCCGACUGCCACGACGCGAGCCUCAACGCGGGCGACUGCGGCUUCCGAGGCGGCACCUUCAUGGGGAACGCGUUCGGCUGCCCGCCCGCCGAGUACCAGAGCGAGAUCUACGACUCGAGCAGCAUCGCGUCCACGUACGCGGCGCUCUGCAUCCUGCGCACGCUCGGGGACGACCUCAGUCGCGUGAACAAGGCGGCCAUCACCAGCUCCCUCAAGCACCUGCAGAACAAGAAGACGGGGUGCUUCUCGUCCGUGAACGUAGGCUCGGAGGAGGACAUGCGCUUCGUCUACUGCGCGUGCGCGAUCUCGUACGUCCUGGACGACUGGUCGGGCGUUGAUCUGGCGGCGAUGGUGCGCUUCGUCAACUCGUGUCUGCUGCUUGGCUGGCAGAACUACGAUGGAGGCAUCGGCCUCAGCCCUGGCGCUGAAUCGCACGGAGGAGCGAUGUUUACAGCCAUCGCGUCGCUGUUCCUGUCCGGACGGAUGAUGCAGCUCAACUGCGAGCAGUCGGAGCUGGUGCGAUGGCUGGUCUUCCGACAGCAGGGCGGCUUCCAGGGCCGCUGCAACAAGAGCCCGGACUCGUGCUACGCGUUCUGGAACGGAGCGACGCUCGACCUGCUAGGCAAGCACUCGCUAGUGGACAUCCCCAGCUGCAAGCAGUUCAUCUACACGUGCCAGUUCCCCUUCGGCGGGCUGUGCAAGUAUCCCGACACAGUCCCCGAUGUGAUGCACUCGUACCUGAGUCUGGCAUGGCUGAGCAUUGCGUCAAAUUCAGCCGCCAACACGGAGGAGGGCGACAAGCUCCCCAAGCUCGCACCGCUGGACACGAAGCUGCAGGUUCCGUUCUUCCCCAAGCUGCCUGGCAAUACGAGAAAGCGAGAUAGCGUGUAA